AUGCCUUAUUUUCCGUUUGAUGAGUCACCGUUCCUGUUCCAGCUCAGUGACAUCCAGGAUGCUUUUCGUGGAAAUGCCUCCCGACCAGGCCCUGAGCUUGAUGGAGGUGAGCUGGUUUUUGGGCAGAGAAAUAAUGGUGUCGCAUUGGUGCUGAAACAAGACUUAGAGAGGGUGACUGUGUCUCACAAUGUCUCUGGACAGAAUGAGCCAAUGUAUGUGGCUACUACCUGGAGAGGGGACUGGCAGGUUGAGGUCGAGGUGGGAGAGAUUUGUAUUAAUGAGCUAGUUGAAAAACAGCUGUGA